AUGGAUCAGUGGAAAGUUUGGCUGUCAGAAACUCAGAAUCUUCAGGAAUUACAGUUACCCAGACACCAUCCAGAAUUUACAUCCAAGUCCAGUGAUGUGCAGAUUCACACCUUUUGCGAUGCUUCAGAGAGUGCAUUCGGUGCAGUGUCAUACUUAAGAUACCAAGAUGACAAUGGAAAAAUCCAGUGUUCAUUCCUAGCUUCCAAGACUCGUGUAGCACCAUUGAAAUCACUCUCCAUUCCCAGGUUGGAGCUACAAGGAGCAGUUCUAGCUUCGCGUUUGUCCCAGACACUUGAAAAAGAGCUCAAGCUAAAUGUCACACACCAGGUCUAUUGGACAGACUCAGAAGUUGUAUUGAAGUACCUGCGUAAUGAGACAAAAAGAUUUAAGCCUUUUGUUGCCAAUUGCAUAGCUGAAAUUAUGGACGUCACAUCCAAAGAAGAUUGGCAUCACGUAUAUUCAGAAAACAACCCUGCUGAUAGAUGUUCAAGAGGGAUGAAAGCCUCAGCUCUGGUGUCAGAUCAGUUGUGGUAUAAAGGACCAACCUUUCUACAUACAGUAAUUCAGAAGAUUGCAUGUUUGAAAGCCAAUCAGCCAACUGACAAGGGCAGCAAACUUUUGGCUUUAACACCAUUCUAUGAUCACAGUAUUGAGUAUUUGAGAGUUGGAGGAAGGAUAUCUCAUGCCAGCGUACCAGAUGAUGCCAAAUUUCAGUUGAUUUUACCUGCAGAGCAUGCGAUUACAGGCCUUAUUGCCACAGAAGUUCAUUGCCGCCUACACCAUGGUGGGCAGGAGCACAUGAUAGCAGAAUUGAGACAAAAGUAUUCGCCCCUUAGAGCUCGCUGCGUGGUGAAACGUACAAUACGUAAGUGUUUGAUCUGUCAGAGACAAAGAAUAUUGCCCAAAGUGCCAAUCAUGGCAGAUUUGCCUCAGUGCCGUCUGAAUGUCAGUCAUGGUCCCUUUGCAUGCUGUGGUGUGGAUUACUGGGGUCCAAUGCUGGUGAAGGAAAGAAGGUGA